AUGGAAAGUAGCAGCAGCAUAAAGAUGUCGUUGAAGGGCAACUUAAGAAAAAACGACAAGAAGAAGAACAAUAAGAAAGAGAAAGAUGAUGAUCUGUUGCUUUUCCGGGAGUUGAACAAAGUACAGUACGGUGGUACAACGACAGCAACAACAACAGCAGUGGCCGAUUCCAUGAGUCUGCUCCAUCCUCUCUCCGACCAAUUUGAUCACUCUCUUAUCAUGAACCAUCAUCAUCAUCCUAAUCCUAGUCCUAAUCCUAAACUUCAUCACAAGCAUCCCACUUUUGAUUUUCUUGCCGAAAACAACGACAAACAUGACUACAACUGGUUAAAAACGCCGCCUGCAACUCCUCUGUUUCUUUCCAUAGAAAUGGAAGCUACUCACACUCAACUCCCUCUUCAACGGGAGAUACCUGUCCUCCAACCUCUUUCCAGGUUUUCAGAUGGGAAUAACACUAUUAAUAUUGGUGACGCUUAUGCAUAUUCGAAGAUGACGAUGAUCAACCUUAAAAAAUCAUCAUCUGUCCCCCAAAAACCAAAACAUCCAAUAUCAACACCAACACCAACACCAACACCAACACCAACACCACCACAGAAGACAUCGACACCCACUUUUUCUUCUUCAAAGUCCAAGACCCUAUUCAUGAGUAGCAAGACUACUAGUACAAAGGCCACGCCUACGAUGAGCAUCAGAGAAAGCAGAGCUGUAUCCCCAUUAGUGAGAUCCACCUUAGCAAUGACUAGCUGCUCCAUGAUGUCCAAGCAAACGCCGCCUAAUCUCAGAACAGUAGCCGACCCGCUCCGUUCUGCUUCGGCCAUACGAGAUCAUCGUAAUCGACAAGCAAGAGCAACCACGCCUACCAGUACCACCUCCAACCCAAGGAUGAGGCAGUCCUGCUCCCCCACCGUCUCCAGAGGCCGGAACCCUCAUCACCACCAUCAUCAUCAUCAUGAUUCCACUACUACUAAGGCAGUUGCAGCUGGCUUCAUGGGCAGCACCAUGGUGGAUAAGGUAAUGAACGCCAGAAGAGCUUCGGCUAAUGCUAAUCCCAAUCGUCCUACAACGACAAAGCCAAUAAUAAACUCUCCGACUACUACGCAAACCUCUGCUUCAGCAUUCGGAAGAAUGAAGAAGACCACCACUACUACAACUACAAGAGACAAAACUACCAUCAAAUAA